AUGGAACACACAGGCCAACAUUCCCCUCUGGGGAACCACACUACACUGGUGGAAUUCAUCCUCAUUGGGUUUUCUGAUGUUCCCAACCUUCAAGGAUUUCUGUUUGGUACAUUUUUGAUAAUUUACAUUGUUAUUCUUACGGGAAACACCCUCAUUAUCAUCAUAACUAAGGUUGAUCCUUCCCUCCAGACCCCCAUGUAUUUUUUUCUUGGGAAUUUUUCUUUAUUGGAAAUAUGUUAUGUGUCUGUCACUCUACCCAGAAUAUUAGCAGAUCUUUGUAGACAAAAUAGAAGUAUUUCCUUUGUGACCUGUGCUUUUCAAAUGGAUAUAUUCGUUUCCUUUGGGUCCACUGAGUGCUUAAUUCUCACUGCCAUGGCUUAUGACAGGUAUGUUGCCAUCUGUAACCCAUUAAUGUACCCUGUCAUCAUGAACCAGAGACUGUGUGUGCAGUUGGCAAUUGCCUGCUGGAUCACAGGGAUUCUGGUCCCCAUAGGGCCCACACACAUGAUUUUCUCCUCACCAUUCUGUAAAUCGAAUGAGUUGAAUCACUUUUUCUGUGACGUACCUCCUGUUGUUCAGCUUGCUUGUGGGGACACUUUCUUGAUUGAGACAAUUAUCUAUGUGAUUACUACUUUGAAUAUCACUGUUCCUUUUUUGUUGAUACUUGUAUCUUACGGAAAUAUAAUCUCCACCAUCCUGAAGCUGCCAUCAGCCACUGGGAGAGCCAAGGCCUUCUCCACUUGCUCUUCCCAUCUCAUUGUCGUGGUUCUAUUCUUUGGAUCCGGCAUCAGUGUGUAUAUGGAACCUAAGUCCACUAUCUCAACAGGAAUUGACAAAUACCUUUCCCUUUUUUAUACCAUCUUGAUACCAAUGUUUAAUCCUAUUAUAUAUUGUCUGAGAAACAAGGAUGUUAUGAUGGCCUUGAAAAAGCUCCUACAGAAGACAAAUGUGUCUUGA